UCGUGCAGUACACAGCAGCAGCAACAGUGUGGUGCUCUGGGUCUCCAGCUCUGCCGGGCAGACGAAUCUCCAGCUCUCUGAACAUCUGCAAGCCAAGUUUUUCAUGUUCUGCUGUGUGUGAAUGCUGCCCAACUGCACCAGGAAAAUGGGCACAGGGGAUUAUUUCUGCAUUGCUAUGAGCGGAGGGGCGCCGUGGGGCUUCAGGCUGCAAGGGGGCAAGGAGCAGAAGCAGCCUUUGCAAAUCGCCAAGGUUCGCAGCAAAAGCAAAGCAGCCAAGGCUGGACUGUGUGAGGGGGAUGAGGUGGUGUCUAUCAAUGGCAAGCCUUGUGGAGACCUAACCUAUGCUGAAGUCAUUGUGCUGAUGGAAAGCCUGACUGACGUCCUGCAGAUGCUUAUCAAGAGAUCCUCCAGCGGAAUAAAUGAAACCCUGAAUGCUGAAAGAGAAAAUGGGAAGCACGACAACAUAAAAAUUGAGGACUAUAGGGAGAGCACCACACUGCAAAUGAACACAACACAAGAGAUACCCCAUGGAGAUUUAUGCAUCACAGAGAUUUACAGUGGGACUCACCACGGAGCAGCAGAAAGCAACACACACUUUUCUGAAACAAAACAAGAGACCACACAAAGCCACAGAAUUCCUCCUAAAGUGAUAGGCACGCCCAAAGUGAUCGUGACAGACGAGGAAGAAAGGCCAGGUACUGUGGUUGAGCUGCAGCUGUCCCUCUCAAAUGACGCACACAAGGCCACCAGUGCUCCUGCUGUGACUCUCUUGGGGACAGAAAAGUGUCCCCCUUCAGGCACAGCAGCCAGUGCACACCAGGACGGGAGCAGCCCCCUGAUCGCAGUUCCCCUGAGUGGGAAGGAGGGCAACAUCCAGUGGUCGAACAAAGUAGUCCACUUCUCUAGCAGCAAGGAGGUCAAGAGGAUCCAAGGUGCAGCUCCAUCUAUCCCCAGGGUGGAGGUGAUCCUGGACUGCUCAGACAGGGAGAAGGAAGCGGCCAGGUCUCUGUCUGAAAGGGGGUGUGUUGAUUCUCAAGUAGAAGGAGGGCAGUCAGAAGCACCUCCUUCCCUCCUCUCCUUUGCAAUCUCACCAGAAGGCACAGUGCAGGGAGAAGACAGCAAGCCCUCGGAAAAGGAGCACAGACCUCUCAAGCACAGGGCAAGGCACGCAAGGCUCCGACGAAGCGAGAGCCUGUCAGAGAAGCAGGUCAAAGAAGCCAAAUCUAAAUGUAAAAGUAUUGCACUGCUGCUGACAGCAGCUCCCAACCCCAAUUCCAAGGGGGUGUUGAUGUUCAAGAAGCGCCGCCAAAGGGCGAGGAAAUACACUUUAGUCAGCUACGGGACUGGGGAGCUAGAACGAGACGAGGACGAGGGGGAAGAGGGUGAAGGUGAAGAGGGGGACAAGGAAAACACUUUUGAGGUGAGCUUGCUUGCAACGAGUGAGUCGGAAAUAGAUGAAGAUUUUUUCUCUGACAUUGAGAAGGACGGUAAGAUCGUGACGUUUGACUGGGACAGCGGUCUGCUCGAGGUGGAGAAGAAGGCAAAAAGUGGAGAGGAGAUGCAGACGCUUGCAGACAGCACAGGGAAAGGGGCCCUCAUGUUUGCCAAGAGGCGGCAGAGGAUGGAUCAGAUUACAGCAGAGCAAGAGGAGAUGAAGGCAAGCACAGUGCAGACAGAGGAGCACAGGGAAACCACCGUGACAGAGAACUUCCAGAAAGUGAGCUCUUCCAUCUAUCAGUCAAAAGAGGAGGAAAUGUCGAGACAGCAGACCUGUGUGAGCAAAAGCUACACAGACAUGAGCCAGAAUCACAGCAAAGUGGUACAACAAAAUGGCUUUGGCUUAGCACCUGGCACAAACCUCUCUUUCCAGUCCUCUGGAACCCAAAAGGCAGCAUCUUUGAAUAAAACAGCAAAACCCUUCCCUUCUGGAGUUCAAAACCGAGCGGCUGCACCGUUUUCACCCGUAAGAAAUGUCACCAGUUCGCUUUCAGACGCAGCAGCACCACCUCCUUACUGCUCUGUCAGCCCACCAGCUGAGGCUUUCUACAGACCUGUCUCAGCUCCUGUGGCCAGCAAGGCUGCCCCGCCCGCGUGGACCGUCCCCGAGCCCACGGAACACAUCGCGUCCAGGGACGAAAGGAUUGCCGUGCCAGCCAAAAGAACCGGCAUACUGCAGGAGGCAAAGAGAAGAAGCACUUCCAAACCUAUGUUCAAUUUCAAAGAUGCACCCAAAGUAAGUCCUAAUCCUGCCCUGCUGUCCCUUGUACACAACGCAGAGGGCAAAAAAGGGACCGGAGCUGGUUUUGAGUCAGGACCUGAAGAAGACUACCUCAGUUUAGGAGCAGAAGCUUGCAAUUUCAUGCAGACUCAAGCAUCUAAACAAAAGGCCCCUCCUCCUGUUGCUCCAAAGCCUUCACUCAAGCUGUCUCCUUCUGCUGGUACUCCAGUUUCACCAGUUUGGUCACCUUCAGCUGCGGCUCCCAACAAGCCUCCUUCUUUCCCAGCACCAGCCUCACCUCAGGCAGCGUAUCCUGCACCACCCAAAUCUCCACAGUAUCCUCCUUCUCCCGUCCAUCCCCCGAGCACUCUGGACCUUGCUGGUCCUUUCAAAGGGCCUCAGGCCAGCCUGGCGAGUCCAAACCUUGCCCCCAAGGCAGCACCAGUCACCCCAAGUGCUGGAGAAACAAAGCCUCCCUUCGAGAUGCCACCAGCCAUGAGUGGGAAAGGAGCACAGCUGUUUGCCAGGAGGCAUUCCCGAAUGGAGAAGUACGUGGUGGAUUCAGAGACUGUGCAGGCACACAUGGCACGAGCCUCAUCUCCAACUCCAUCUUUACCAGCUUCUUGGAAAUACUCAUCUAACGUCCGAGCACCUCCACCCGUAGCUUAUAAUCCCAUCCACUGCCCGUCUUACCCUCCUGCUGCUACCAAGCCUUCCUCUAAGGCCCCUGCUGCUACCAAGAACACAAAAAGAAAACCUAAGAAAGGUCUCAAUGCUCUGGAUAUUAUGAAACACCAACCUUACCAACUCGAUCCAUCUUUAUUUACUUUCCAACCUCCUAAGGAAAGCCUUGCCAUGAAGCAGAAGCUGUCCACUUCAAAGCAAACACUGCCUUUACCUAGCUACCUUCCACCUGGUGCUGGCUCUCCCACAAGGGCCCGGCCUUCUUCGGUCUACUCCGUGCCAGCCUACGGCUCCCAACCUUCGUUCCCGUCAAACGCCUCUCUGCCAGGGAAUGAAUCCUACUCACCCACAGGCUACUCUGCCUUCUCUAAGCCAGAAACCACCACAUCCUCUUUGUUUACUGCUCCGAGGCCAAAAUUUUCAGCCAAGAAAGCUGGCGUCACUGCACAGGGAAGAAGUGGCCGCUCAUUAUCGCUUCCUGGGAGACCUUCCUCAUUCAUUCCUCCAGCCGUGUCUCCUACUUCUCCUCUUGUAUUUCAGCCUGCCCCUGACUACUUCAGCAAGCCAGACACAGCAGCUGACAAGCCUGGCAAGAGACUGACUCCCUGGGAAGCAGCAGCCAGAUCUCCCCUUGGCCUGGUGGAUGAAGCUUUUGCCCCCCAAAGCAUGCAGGAAUCCAUUGCUGCUAACGUGGUAUCGGCCGCUCGCAGGAAAACGCUUCCUGAGCCACCGGAUGAAUGGAAACUUAAAGUUUCUUACGAGCCUCCAGCCCCAAGUGGUAGUGUAGCCUUACUGGGAGGGAAGCAAUCAGGCCUUCUAUCACCCCAAAAAAGCUCCCUGUCUGGCCCAAGUGCCCCCAGCCAGGCUGGCCCUAAGCUGCAGUAUCCCUACUGCACCCAGCGCUCCACGACGGAUCCUGAUAUAAUGUCCAUGGAUUCCAGGUCUGACUAUUGCCUGUCAACAGCUGAUUCAAACUACAACCCACAGCCAAGGGGAUGGAGGCGUCCAACAUGAGCAGCUGGAGGGCCUGGGGCAUUUUCCCUUCCUCCAGCUCAGCAAGCCCUAAGAUUUGAGUUGGAGAAGGAAAGUUUCUUGCUGGCCUGGUGAUCUCUGAAGUAAAAAAAAAUGAGGAGACAAAAUUGAAUGGAGCACAGUUUUCACAUGACUGCAGUGCUAGCAGCCUCUAGAAUAGACUCAGUUUUACACCUAAGAUUGUUCUGUUUGUCAAAAGGCAAAAAUAUGCAUUUCUUGGGGUGAGGGGGGAGAUGAAAGUGGGGCAAUCCAUGAACUCGAUGCAAAAAUCUUGCAAGGAUGUAGAAAGUGACAGCAAAAAUGCUUGCAGUUAAGCUAAUGUGAAAAAAAAAGGAGUAAAAUAAGGGCAUUUUAAAACCAAGGAUCUUGUAGGCUUUCUGAGUAUGUUUGACAUGAGUUCCAAGUUACUAAACAUAGAUUUGCAAAAGUUCUGAUGGAAAUGGAAAACUUUGAAGCACUGGCUUAUUUGCCAUAUGGUUUUUUACUGCGUUUCUAUAAUGAGCUAAAUCAUGAAUAUUUUUUACUGUGGCAACAGUUAAAAUACAUCUGUGGCAAUGGUACCUGAAUCACCACAGGAAAUCAUUCACAGUCACUCACUUCAGAUGGAUUUCAAGACAGUUUCAAUGAAGUUUUACAUCUUGUAAUUAAUCUGAAAACACCAGGAAGAAAGGUAUUGUUAAUAGAGAUCAAUACCAUGAUACUUGAACAACAAAGGAGACGAGGAGUGUAUUUAAACUGGAUUGCAAGUUAUUUUUGUAAUAAACUAUCAAACAAGUCAGAGGCUGAACAGCCUUUAUUUCUCUGUGAAAUGCACUAUUUGCUGAGCAUUUACUGCUCCAGUGCCUGGUAAUCCAACUGGCUGGGCAGUCAUUCCUGUUUCUAAGGUAGCUCAAUGUUUAGAAAGCUUUUGGGUUGUAUCCUCAGUUGGGAAGACAUAGAUAAGUUGUUUGGCAAGGACAGUUCCUGCUCUACACAGAAAUUGGCAUGUGACAGAGGGUUUCUGAUACGUGGUGCACGGUGUGAGUCUAGGAGCAAAUAUUUGGGGGUUGGUUAUACCUAAGUGGUGUUGAUGGAUCUGAGUAAUUUUUGUUGGUGAGACAUACCUUGCAUUUGCAGCUUAUUCAAACAAUAGAAAUAUGUGGCUAAAAAUGUAUGCAUUCCAAGCUUCCUGGGUAGUAUAGAUGUUGUUAAAGCAUUAAAUGAACACCCCGAGUUUUACCAAGUGCCGUCAAUCCUCCUUAGUUUGUGGGGAAUUCUUGAAGGAUCUGUCAGCUGAAAUUACUGCAGAAGCACUAUUAGCUAUCCUUAGUUUCAGCAAGGCUGUCACUGUGAGUGAAGGGAUUUGAUAAGAAAGAACUAAAACAUAGAUGUGGAAAGAAAAAAUACAGUACAAAGCAUUCCCAUCUGCAAAGAAUUUUCAUAGCAAUUUUAAAAUGUAAUUGGUAGGAAAGAGAAAGGAAAAUUAAAUCCAUGUUCAGUUGAGCUGGAACUUCUCCUAAAAGCAAAUAAUUACAGGAAAAAUAUAGCCUUAAUUAGUUUAAGUUGGCAGAAAUUCUGCAGCCAAACAGAAGUCUCCCUAAAAUUUAACUGAUCCUUCUGACCAGUCAGGAAAUGAAGAUGUGAGAGGGGUAAAUCUUUAGAAUAGGAUCAUAUUGCUAUAGCACUUUACAGAUUUAUUUCACAAUAUGAAUUUGCAAAAAAAAUAGAAAGUGAUUUAGAAAAAUUACAUGAACAAGGCUGCCAUUAUAUGGCUGAAAAUGAGCUUGGCACCUCAGAGUUAUAUAUGCACAUAAUCAGAGUAAAUUUUCACAAUUGGGAAUUCCCCACCCCAAAUACGCAAAAGCAUGGAAGUGAAGAGUUUUAGACAGGAUCACUGACUUUCUGUCAACCUCUCUUGAACAAAAAAUGUGCAGCCUUAUAAUUUCAUUGUAUUCACAAGUAGGAAUUAAUCUCAGAGUACUUCUGUGAACAUGAAAAUUCCUGAUGCUGAGUUUCACGUGGCUUUGUAUCUUAUCGUAGAUUAAUUUGGGUGUUUGACAUGUCCUACUCCUGAUUUUUUUUUCCUCCUGCUGAGGAUUUCCUAGCUCUCUUUCCCAUAUGGAUUCUCCUAUAUCUAACAUGGAAAGAGUUCCCAGUGCAGCAUUUCCCUCAAUAGCAACACUGCUAAGUGGAUCUGGCCUCCCCGACGCCGUCUAUUUUCACAAAGUCUGUGGGCAAUGGAUUGUCUCUGAGAUCUGUCCCUCUGCCACAGAGAAAUGGAACUAAUAAACAUUUCUGAAGUUAUUAAUGGGAGGAGAGACAUGAGGGCAGGCAUGCAGACAGAUCACACAGCCUUGUUUAGAAGAAAAUCAGGCUAAAUCCAGAUUGAGACCAUGUAGUGAUUUCGAAGAAAGCAGCAGGCCCGGAGCAGUAAAUGAAAUAUUAAUGCAUCAGAGCUUUACAAGGACCCCCUGACAUUUUCCACUUUGUGUCCUUCACCCCAUUCCUCCACUAGCAAAGCAUCUUUCUAUCAAAUAGUUGUGACUUGUGAGUUCUGCAUAUAUUAAUGCAAGUAUUUCAUACAUUUGCUUUUGAAUGCACAGAUCUGCUCAGUAAAUGUGAAGAGAAACUUCUCUUGGUGUUUUCAAUCGUUGGCUUUGUGCUCACCCUCAGAGGUGUCUCUGUUGCAUACACAAUAUAACUGAAAAUUUAGUUUCUUUAGUUAUGUUAGAUGGUGAUGUUCACAACUCUUGUUCAUAGUUUGUUUUCAUUUUGGUGUGCUUUAACACAACCAAAUAUCUAUUCCCACUGCAUUUCUGCCUAGUAGCAAGAGACUGUGUUAUCUUUAUAAAAGACUUUUCACUUCUGAAGACUUUUGCUCAUUGCAAAGGACACUUUAUUUGACAGUGCAUGCCAGCGAUGUAAAUUGUAUCACAUAAUAAAGUGAUUUGACCAAUCA